CUCCUCCCCUCGCCCUCUCGCCCAUUGCGCCCGUCGUACUUCUUUCCAUUCUUCUGCUCAGGUUCCGAUUGUUGGGUCUAGCUUCGCUUGGUUCUAUCCAGUCUACUCAGGUUUCGUGUGUAUGGCGCGGGAUAGCUGGACACCUAUUGGGCCGCUUCUUAAGACUACCUUCGAAUCUAUCCUUGAAGUAUUCCUUAUUUGUAUUGCGGGAUACAUCCUCGCCCGCAAGGGCAUCCUUGAUAGGACCACUCAGAAGAAACUCAAUCGACUGAACGUUUCGAUAUUCACGCCCUCUUUGCUCUUCUCCAAAGUCGCAUUUUUCCUAUCGCCAGCGAAAUUACGAGAAUUAUGGAUUAUACCCAUCUUCUUUAUCAUCACAACCGCGGUCUCCAUGAUCGUCGCAUACUUUCUCAGCGUCAUUCUCAGGCUGAAAAGGUCGCAAAGGGCUUUUGCAAUAGCGGCGGCGAUGUUCAUGAACUCGAAUUCGCUUCCUAUAGCUCUGAUGCAAAGUCUCGUUGUCACUGUACCCGGCCUCAAGUGGGAUGAGGAUGACAGCACGAACGCGAUGGUGGGUCGCGCGCUGACUUAUCUCGUGUUGUACUCUACCCUGGGCAUGGUGGUUCGUUGGAGCUACGGAGUCCGUCUGCUAUCUCAAGCAGAUCCGGAACCAGUGCAGCAGGAGGCCGAGACUGAUGACGUCGACAGCGAGGCCAGUCCUUUGCUGAGUCCAUCAGAGGUACCGUUUCCACCUUCGACGGCUGAGGAACAACUACUCCGACACGGCAACGCCUUCUCCCAUUCUCUUUCCUCCGAUGGCUCACAAACGGUCGCUCACGGUGGCCCCAAUACCAAUCCAGAACUGUCCGUCGAAAACACUACCGGUGGGAAGAUUUUCUACUCGUUCCCCAACACCCCCGCUACGCGCUCAGGAGACCUGACCCGCUCCGGUUCAGCCACCAACACCGAAGUCGAAGACGACGACGACGACGAAGUGGGCGACGUGCUCCCCCCGGGCCGCCGCCCACGCACCACGCCCACGUCCUCCCGCGUCCAGGCGCGAAUGCGCCGGCUGCGACACAAGACCCGCACGGCGUGGCGCACGUUCCGCGAGUUCAUGACCGUCCCGCUCUGGGCCGCGCUCACGUCGCUCGUCGUCGCGUGCAUCCAGCCGCUCCAGCACGCGCUCGACGACCACUUCCCCCCCGUGAAGAACGCGAUCGCGUCCGCGGGCGACUGCUCGAUCCCGAUCACGCUCGUCGUCCUCGGCGCGUACUUCUACACGCCGCCCGAUCCCGAUGCGGAGCAGCGCGCGCGCGCGCGGCGGGGCAGGGAGGAGGGGCUGCCCGAGCACCAGCGGCAGGUGGAGCGGAGCGCGUCGCGUGCGUCGCUGCUGGAGAGCGUGAGGGACAUGUUCUCGAUGAAGUCGGUGCGGCGCGCGGAGGGCGGCUCCAGCGCGUCAGCGCGCAAGGGCGCACGGCCGGGGGAGACGAAGACGGUCGUGGUCGCGAUCAUGUCGCGGAUGAUCAUCACGCCGCUCGUGCUGCUGCCGCUCCUGGCGCUGUCCGCGAAGUACGACUGGCAGCGGGUGUUCGACGACCCGGUAUUCGUGGUGUCGAACGUGCUGCUGGUCGCGUCGCCGCCGGCGCUGACGCUCGCGCAGAUCACGCAGGCCGCGUCUGGGGACGCGUUCGAGCGGCUGAUCAGCAAGACGAUCUUCUGGUCGUACUGCGUCGUCACGCCGCCGUCGACGAUUCUUGUCGUCGUCAUCGGCCUUGUGCUCUCGAAGCUAUGAUGUAACCAUUGGUGAGGAACCUUUUCCCCUCUGCACCGGUUCGGACGCGUUGCGAUCGUGAUAUGGCCCUCCGCGAAGGGAGUCGAAGGGGCCCAUACGCUGGUGGACAUUAUGCGGAGAUGAGGCGCUACGGGACCAAACGGUUUGGGAUGAUGUGGUUGGGUGGUGUUUCUUGGCACUGCGCUGCACCUCGGUAUCCUCUGUUGACGACAUAUACGAGUAGAUCUAUUGUACGACCCUCGACAUAGUGUUCAUACUUUCCGUGUUCUCAUCUCGCAAUGCAAUCGUAGGUCUCCGCUUGCACAUCCCCCUUGGUGCCGCCGUUACCAUUGCAUGCGUCAGCAAAACGAAACGUGCGGUGCUGACCAACUCUGCCCUUGCAGCACGG